CAUUGUCCAAGUGCAUCCGGUUACGUCUACUCCAAUUGUGUCCAGUUUGAACUAAACUUCGAGUUUGGGCAGAAAUUCUUAUAUGCGACUUUCGUUAAAUCCAUCCACACUAUUAGUGAGCAUCACACAAUUAGACCUAGGGUUUGGAAUCUAAUUCAUCAAAAUCGUAAAGCAUAAACGGAAUUAUUGUUGGAAAAUCCACGAAUCGAUCGAUCGAAGAUGUGGCACGAGGCGCGAAGGUCGGAGAAGAAAGUGCACGAAAUGAUGGAUGCCGCUCGGAAGAGAGCGCAGCGCCGAGCCAUAUACCUGGCCAAGCGCCGGGGCGACCCAAGCCAAUCUAUUCAAGCCGUCGGAACUCGAUGCCGCAUCAACCGUGAUGAAGCUCUCUACCAGGCUACCGAAGACCAACAGGGCUUGAUACCCUGGAAUGGGAAACAGGAUGUUAUGAUUGACAGAUUUGAUGGGCGUGCUCUUCUUGAUUUUAUUCGUGAUAGUAGCACACGCCGUCCUCAAGUUGCAGAAAAAACUGAGGAAGAAGAGGAGUUAGAAGAGUUUGUUAGUUUUGAGCGUUACCGGGAUUUAAUUAAGCAUCGGCGUAGAGGAUCAGUUACUGAUGAGGAGGGACUGCAGCACGUUAACCAAGAGAUGGAGGCUAAGAUCAGUGCGUAUUUUGGAUCGCACAGUAAAUCUCAUGCGGCUCAGCCGCCAGCAAGCAAGGGGCCUUAUUCGCAAGUUGGUUUCUCUUAUGAUGGAGAUGAAAAGGAGGAAACUCAAGAUUUAGAUGGCGAUGAAGAUGAUGACGAUGAAGAGGACUAUUAUGAGGAGGAUUUUAACAGUGAUGACAGCAAUGAUGAAUUGAUGGAGUCAAUUGCAAAAGAAUUCGGAGUAAAGAGGUAUGGAUGGCUUGUAUACAUGGAUAAAAAGGCUAAAGAAGAGCAAAGGAGGCAAAAAGAAGUCAUCAAGGGAGACCCUUCAAUUAAAAAGCUUAGUCGCAAGGAAAGAAGGAAGGUUUCUCAGAUGGAAAGAGAGAAGGAAAGAGAAGCUGCAAGGAUAAAUGGAAUUAGAGUGCUUCAUCACGAUCCAUAUCGUGAAUCGAGGCGAAGUCCUACUUAUGAAGCUUAUUCACGAUCUAGAAGAUCGAGGUCGAAGUCUCGGUCCUACUCUCCAUCACAGUCAAGGCGUCAUGCACAUGGAUCACACUCUGACGAUCUUCAUCGAGGCAAAGACAGGGCUCCAAAAAUAGAAUAUAUUACAGAAUUUGGAGGCUUUGAUGAUGGGGACGCGCCAAAGCUUGAAGGAUAUUCUCCACCACCAUCUCCUUCGUCCCAUACUGAUGCAUUGAAUCGGCCAUCGUCUGGUCGUAUACUAGAGGCUCUUCAUGUAGAUCCGGCAUCUGGUGUAUCUCUUGACAAAGAAAAGAAUGCCAAACUCUUGAAGCCAACAACGAGCACGUCCUCAGCACUAGCAAAAUUGAGCAAAACCACCAGUAGUGGGAGCCUCUCUAAGCAACAGGGUGAGAAGAAGGAAACACCUCAAGAACGACUUAAACGGAUCAUGAGCAGUCAACUGAACAAACAGAUAAAAAAAGAUACAGCUAUUGAAAUAGCUAAGAAACGAGAGCAAGAGCGACAGAGGCUCAAAAAACUAGCUGAAACAAGCCAUGUUAGCCGAUAUCGGAGACGAAGCCAUAGUAGAAGUUACAGUCGCUCUCCUCCAAGAAGAUACAGACGCAGUAGGAGUCCAAGCAGGGGUAGGAGUUCUCGGAAAUAUCGAUCGUCUCACUCCCAGUCUCGCUCUGGAUCUCGUUCUCAGACGCGUUCACGUUCACCCUCAUACUCCUAUAGUUCUCGAUCUCACUCCCGUUCAUGCUCUCCUCGGGGAAGAAGACGGUCAAGGUAUUGAAAAUGAUUUUACAUUGGAAUACGAGAAAGUGCAAGCAGACGUAUUCAGCUGGCUGUCUGUAGUUAGUCCUCGUGUCCUUGGUGCCAGUUCGUCCCAGCUGGGGUUAAGUUGAAAGAAUAACGUCCUGCAGGCUGCAAGCAACCUGGUUGGUCUACUGUACCGCUUAACAUUAUAUAUAACUGAAAUGUGUGUAUUUGAAGAAUCUUUUUCCGCCAGAUGGUUAUUGGCGCCAUGAGCUAUGUUUAGGGAGGUUAGCCUGUGGCACUUAACUAAAGUUUAGCCGAAACAUGCAAAAUGUCUGAUUAAACUUGAAUUCCGGAUCAUUGAGUGAAUCUUCUCUUGGUUAGCUUUUGUAUGAUUUUCAGGUUCUUAUAUUUGAGUUGCCGAAUGUGUCUCAACUUGACUUUUAGGCAGAAGAUUAACAAGGGAAACUGAUCCACCUAUUGUGAGCAGUGAAAUAUGAACUUAUUUACACUUCAUUUCGAAGUACAUGGAUAUUUGGAAGGCCUCCCCAAAUUUGUUCGGUUAAGCUUAAAGGGUCAGUAGUAAGAUUGGUCUGGAACAUUCAUCGAUUUCUUUUAAUUGUUCGUGGGCUUGCAAGUGACUUACUGCUUUUGGCCUACUCUGGUCGAUGCUCAAAAGUUCCCGAAUA